AUGGACCAAGUUUAUUCCCAGUGCAGAGACGCCCAGCAGGUGCCAAUGUCGCUUGCCCACCGCUUCUCUGGCGAACUACGCGAUAAGUAUUGUAGGCCGUGGGAGGAAUGGAGUGGCGAUUCUACCGCUGAGCACAAGCAGCACUUUGUCACGCAGUGGUUUCCAGAAAUGGAUAUCCCCUUUCACCCAGAUUUGGACCACUGGUCUUCGCUCUAA